UUCCACAGCGCUCUGCUCUCCAGUCUGCUCCCUCAGCUGACCAGCUCCAGGAUGGCGGUGAGGAAGCGCUCCAUCUUGGCUCUGGGUCACCUGGUUCCCUGCUGUAGCCCCGCCCUCUUCUCCCAGCUGACUGAACACCUGACCAAUGAGCUCGCAAAGGCCCCGCCCGUUUCCAUGGCGAGGACGUACAUCCAGUGCCUAGCAACCGUCAGUCGUCAGGGCGGCCAUCGAGUCGCUGUCCAAAGGAGAUGUUGCCACGGUGACAAAGCUUUGCCUUAAGUUCAUGACCUUUGACCCAAACUACAACUAUGACGAUGAAGAGGAGGAAGACAGCAUGGACGUGGAGGAAGGGCUGGAGGAAGAUGUAAUCCCGGCGGCUCCAAAAGGACCUGGGAACAGACCAAAAUAAAAUACAAGAACAUCCUUCAAUCUGCCAACAAGAAAAAAAAGGAGGGGCCCUCCUCCAGCAGAGUUCACCCCUGCCGAGGAGCUGGCCCUCAGCAACAAUGAGGGUCGGCCCUUGAUGGUAGGGGUGGAAGGGGGGUUCUCUACAGACCCUGGUUGCAGCAGCUCCCACCACCUUUAUAUACAGGAUGAUGGGAAGAACAUGGUGUUGCUGCCCCCCCCCCCCAAUCAACAACUAUACCUCAUACAGAGGGGGGCCUAGAUGAGGAUGACACACUGUCAGAGAGCGCAGAGAUGGAAGAAGGAACUCUUCCUCCCCGGCAGCUACAGGUGCUGAUUCCUCCCCCACAGCAGGUGCUGAUUCCUCCCCCACAGCAGGUGCCGAUUCCUCCCCCACAGCAGGUGCCGAUUCCUCCCCCACAGCAGGUGCCGAUUCCUCCCCCACAGCGGGUGCCGAUUCCUCCCCCGCAGCCUGGGCCCUCAUCUAGGCCCUCAUCUAAGCCCUCAUCUAGGCCCUCAUCUAGGCCCUCACGACAAGCUGAAGCAGACACUGUGCGGGCCCUGUACAAACGGACCCUAGUCCAAAGCAUCCAAUUGAAUGACCUCCUCAUAGAGCACCAGAAGCUGUUGAUGGAAAAAACAAAGCUGGAGGUGGAGAAAUUGGAGAGAGAAAGACAGGUGCUGCUCCCCCCGGUGGUCUCCUGUGUGGAGGACUCCUUCUAUAAGAUCACCUCAGAGGCUCUGCUGGUGGUCCUGCAGCUGGUGAGAGUGAUGAGGCCUCAAGGACCCUCAGCAGGGGGGGGAUUCGACCCCAAACCCUUCGUCAGAGAGAUCGACCUGUCCUCCAUCCUGCCGGAGACGCUCUCAGUUUUGGGAUCUUUCCUCCGAAAGAACGAGCGAGUUCUGAAGCUCGGGACGCUGGCCUGUCUCACCUCGAUCAUCACGCAUCAGGCUGCAAACAUCAAACCUGCCGCGCUGGAACCGGUCCUGAGCGAGCUGCCGGGUCUGGUGGAUGAGAGCGACAUGCACGUAUCACAGGUGUCGUCACGACAGGAGGAUGUCAUCAUUGGCAUGCUAGCACGCACUGAUGAGUUCCUCCAAUGGUCAGGGCUGGAGGUGAAGCAAGCUAAGUGUGCCGUACUCCAUGAGCGCCGCAGUGGAGGCAACCGCUGGUAUAAGGCCAAGAACGACAAGCCCCCCUCCUUUCUUGUAAUGGGCCAACCUAUUAGGGUGUAUUCCCGUAAUGAGACCUACCCAUACCUUGGCCACAGGUUUAACAUCGCUGGUGAGUGGGGGGAGCAGGUCGAGGAGCUCACUACAGAGUUUCUCCAUCGUCUCCACCUGAUUGACCUGUCCCCCCUCCCCGUCCUCAUGAAGUUCCAGGCUGUGAGAGAGGUGGCUUUGGCUAAAAUUCAACAUCUCUUUGCCAAUGUACACAUCCCUCUCAAGGCACUGAGAGAAAUGACAAACAAAACUGUCCAGUUGGUCAGAAAGUGGGUGGGCCUCAACACACACUCCACACGGGGCAUGAUCUUUCUCCCAUGUGGAGAGGGGGGGCUGGGUGUCCCCAAUGUCGAGUGGACCUACAUAGCCACCAGGCUAGCCCACCUGAUCCACAUGCUUAACAAUGAUGAUGUCACCGUAAGAGAAAUGGCCAGGGCCUCUCUCCUGCUGGAUCUACAAAGAAGGAAGAUCCCCCUGGCCAGCGCAGACCAGAACAACUUCCUCGGCUUCAGGAGGAAGGACUCUGGGAAACUGGACUCUCAGGCCAAGGGCUUCGGGGUCUGGUCUGACUGGCCAGAUCUCAAUGACCUCUGCAAUCGGACUGGAGUCCAGCUGAAAUGGACAAGACUCAACACACAGACUGAAGUCCCCGUCUCUGAUGAACUGAUCACAGACCCCAGUGUGGUUGUGAAGGCCGACAUCACAACACCUCAGGAAGAGACUGUGGAACUGCACCGAGACUCUGCAAGGAGGGUUCUGCUCAGCAUGAAGCAGUCUGAGAUCAAGCAGCACUGGUGUGGACUCAGAUUACAGGGAAAGCUAGCCUGUUUGGGGUUUGCUGACCACUCAGUCUCACACUCAGUGUUUAAGAACGCCGCUGUUGGUGAGGAUGUUCUGACAUUUACCAUCAAAGCAAGACUGCAGGUAUUACCCACUAAGUACAAUCUGUCCACCUGGUACCCUCACAUUCACACUCCAUUCUGUUUAAACCACCAGGAUUCACAACAACACCGAGAAUCCAUUGCACACAUAACAAAUGGAUGUAAUGCAUACAAACGCCUGUACAUAGCCCGUCAUGACCGUAUUGUGGACAUUGUGUCUGAUGCGGUACAAAACAUCUUACCAUCUAGCGCAGCAAUGUACAAGCACACUAGAGUGUUACCAGAAUGGUUUGGUUUUACCAAUGAUGUCUUUGCUAACAUCCCAAAUACACCUGAUGUUGUUUUUGUUGACACCAACCACAGGGAGGUGCUAAUAUUAGAAGUAGGCUGUGCCUUUGACCUGUACAUGGACCAGGCUUUCCAGGACAAGUAUAUCAAAUACCAACCACUGCUCCAUGUCAUAACCAGCUUUGGGUACAAGUGUAGAUAUAGCAUACUCAUAUUCGGAAGUCUUGGCCAUGUAUAUAAAUACACCAUGAUUGGUCUGAGAAUUGCUGGAAUGUCAAAAAGAAAAGCCAAACAAAUUGCCAAAUAUUGCUCUGUUUCAGCUAUUAUUGGCAGCUUAGCCGUGUGGAGAAGGAGAUGCUAUGUGUUCCCUUAAGGCUGCUGCUUAGCCGUGUGGAGAAGGAGAUGCUAUGUGUUCCCUUAAGGCUGCUGCUUAGCCGUGUGGAGAGGGAGAUGCUAUGUGUUCCCCUAAGUGUUCUGUGCUGCUUAGCCCCGAUAUAUUUGAUUCCCUGUCUUAUGUAAUAUAAUUUGUGGAACCAAAUAAAGUAUUCAAAUGUG